UGGAUAGUAAACAAAAAAGGACCUCCGAAAAGAAUCUACGCAACAGAGAGUCAGCGAGUGAUAACACGCGGUAUGGAGUUUAAUCUACGAACCUAAAACGCAAGUGUGUGUGUGUUGUGUUGAGGUUGUUUUAUAAGAAUCCGUCAGAAAAGCAGCCCGAUUCCCGUUCCUUUCGGUGUGUCAUAAGAUAAGAAAAUCUUCCUUUCGCUUCAAAUACAACAGUAGGCGAACGAUAGGUGAAGAACCGAGUGCUUUGUCGUAAAAUGGAUGGUCACUGUGCUGCGAAAAAGGUGACACUUUCUAUCGCCAUCGUUGCGUGAAAAGACAAACACGGUAGAAGGUGAGCGUCGUAGUGUGCGUGUUGUGGAAAAGUGAUUUCUUUACCGCCCAACAAUAAAUAUGUGGUGCCUGGUGAAUCUGCCGAACGGCACCACUUCCGGUGUGCAGUGCGACCCGAAGCGCAUCAGCCAGGAGUGUCUGGAGAAGGUCUGCGCCGAUCUGGGAAUCAUCUGCGAGACGGACUACUUUGGUCUGAUACCGGUGCGCGUCGGUGACCAUGCGGACGUGGACGAGUGCAGCGCCAAGCAGUGGAUCAACCUGCGCAACCCGCUGCAUCUCUACACAAACGACCGAGCGCAGCCGUUACUGCUGUCGCUUCGCGUCAAGUUCUGGGUCCCGGCGCACCUGAUACUGCAGGGCAGUGUCCGUAACCUGUUCUACAUGCAGGCUCGCCAGGAGCUGUUUGAUGGGCAUCUGCGACCCGCCAGCUGGGCCAAUGCCGCGUACCUGGCCGCUCUACUGCUACAGGCGGACGGUUACAAGUACGAUCCCACGAAGGUUCCCCCAGCACCGGUCGGAGCCAUCGAAUCGGAGUCAGUUUGCCGGCCGACGCCCGGCGCAUCUUCGGCACCCGCUACGGAUGCCGGCGAUCUUCCGGACCGUCGAUCGGUCCCACAACUCCGACGUCCGUCGAAGCGAAAAUGCUCCGAAAUCGAGUGCAAGCGCGGAAGCGUCAGUUCCCAGAGCUCUGCCUCUCCGCCGAUCGGUUGGCAUUUGGACGAUCUAGGAUCGCACUCUGGCGGCAUUUCUUCAUCGGCUCCUUCCAGUUCUUCCGGCUCGGCCGCGGAGGAGUCAGCUAAAGCUUCACCAAAAAACAUUUACCAUCGGUACGGUGCCUUGCGGCCCGCAUUCGAAGGCGAUGAUGAUGUAGCCGUCGAGGGACAGCGGCAACCAGCUCAGCCCACCGACUACCAUCAGCAGAUUGCGAGGGAGCACGAGAAGCUGUCGCUGAUCAAGAUGAGUGCCACCUCGGCGCAGUACUGGCUGCUGGAGGAGAUCUGCAGUUUGACUGGGUACGGCGAAGAAGUCUUCGACGGUGUUACGAUCGCCGAGCCGGCCGUAGUGUGCAAAAUUUGUGUCAGUCCCCACGGCCUAACCAUCGUGAAGGACGACGAAAAGUAUAGCGUUCCAUUUACUGCCGUGAAGCUGACCAAAUCCAUCAAGCGAUCGUUUCGCCUGACGUACAUGAACGAAAACCAUGAAGAGACGCACGUGGAGCUGAAGCUGCCCAGCCACCGGACGGCGGCCUCCCUGUACCGGGCGAUCAUCGAGAAGCACGAGUUCUACUCGUGCGAAACCGUGCGACCCAUCGUGACGACGCAGUUCAUUCGCGACCUAAAGGGUACGAUCGCGUCGAUGUUUAACGAGGGCACCGAGCUGGGCAAACGGUACGUGUUCGAUAUUAAACGCACCUGUCGCGAGGUGUACGACGCCGCCCGCCGUACCCUGCACGCGCGCGGCAUCGAGAUCAGCAACAAGGCGGAAGAGCACACCGAAAAUCCGGCCGAUGCACUUGGGCGGUUGAAAGAGACGCUACGCACGCAACGUGAAGCAUACUCACAACUGGAGCGGCUGAUUGACGAGCGGAUACGAGAGGCAAUCACCUGCCCCAUCUGUGCGGAUGGCGUGAUCGAUACGACUUUUCUGCCCUGUGGCCACAUGACGGCGUGCAGGUCGUGUGCAGAGCAAUGUGAGCGUUGUCCGCUGUGCCGUUCGAACAUUGAGUGUAUCAGCAAAAUUUUCCUUCCACCGUUGCUGCGAUCGCGCAAAAGCACAACGGCAGCGUCGGGAGUUCCGCUGCAGGAAGAAAAUAUUUCCUCUGCCAUGGAUCCCGGGACCGUUGGAGGUCUACCGAAAGUUCCGCAUCCGGCCGCAACGUUGGUGCUGUAAACAGCGGCCCGAUGGUGAAACCAGUGCAAGAACAUUUACAUCGCUCAAAAGAAAACAGGCUGAGCACGAAACAUGUAAAGAUAAGCAAAUUGGUGAUAUUAUUUGUUAAAUGUAUUGUUGCACGUGCUGAACAAUGUAGCAGCCGGUUAGAAGCAAAAAUUGGUGUAGCGUAGGACGAGAAAAAAGGCGUUCGAACAGUCGAAACGAAAGAUGUUUAAUCAGUCAAUCGAUGUAAACGUAAAAAUUACCACUAGUUGUGUACCCGUUAGGGAAGUAUGUUAGUAGCUAAGGCCGUUAAGUUUAUCGAUCUUUGCUAGUUUUUAACACCGUGAUCCUUUCAUGUUUUUAGAAUGCUCUGAAGAUUGGCGCUGUCCAUCUUUUCCUACGUUUUUUCUUAAAAUUUUACAAUGCAAAAAUAUGUUUAAAAUAUCACGCUUUAAGAGCGGAACGGACACCAAGUUCGCAUUGUUGGGCAAUGUGUUGGUGUGAAGUAUUUUUUUCUAACCGCAAAAAUUCCAAAAUGGGCACGAUUCACGAAACUGGUCAGUGCCACUGUCUGUUAGCUGGAUGGUUGGUUGAACGGUUGGUCCGUGCUAACAUAUCGUUUCCCUUCCACUAACAGGCAAAUAUGCUGAUACCCGUUGUGUAAGAUACUAAUAAUUGUUAAAUGGCGUCGCUUCUAAGAAGUUUCGCGCAUUAAAAUGCCACAUAGUGUUUAAGAAUGAAGAACAAUGGUUGAAUGAAAAUUACAUGUUGUACUACAAAAAAAGCAGAAAAAUAACUAAACUGUUGUGGCCCU